AGGGUCGAAACAGGAGGCAAAGGGGAGUCGGUGGGACCAGAGGUACAUGCCGGGGUUGGAUCCGUUUGCUGUUGUGGCCUCGGCUUUAGGCUCAGCUUUCUAGGAGGUGGCUGGAGCUUACACACGAUAGCCCUGUGAUCCCACGGGCUGUGGGUGGGUCACAGCACCUCCCUGUAAGGCGUCUGCUCGCAGUGGGAUCCCAUAAUAGCUGCCCACACAGGUGGCAGUGGAAGGAGGUUAAGGAUGCCACGGCCCCUCUGUGGGGUGUGACCUUCAUGCCUGGCAUUUUCACCUGGGAUUUUGGGUGCUGUCUCAGAGACACUCCCCUAACCCCUUUCCUCACUCAGGAGGAUGAGGGUGAUAACUUCAGGUUUUCUUCAGUGAAAAUAAUUGAACCAUUAGUUUGUUUUUGUUGUUAUUGUUGUUAAAGAUUUUAUUUAUUUGACAGAGACACAGCGGGAGAGGGAACACAAGCAGGGGGAGUGGGAGAGAGAGAAGCAGGCUUCCUGCUGAGCAGGGAGCCUGAUACCGGACUCAGUCCCAGGACCCCUGGAUCAUGACCUGAGCCGAAGGCAGACGCUUAACGACUGAGCCACCCAGGUGCCCUGAGCCAUUAGUUUCUUUUCUUUUCUUUUUUUUUUAAAUUUAUUUAUUUGAGAGAGAGAGAAUGAGAGAGAGCAGAUGAGAGGGGGGAGGGUCAGAGGGAGAAGCAGACUCCCUGCCGAGCAGGGAGCCUGAUGUGGGACUCGAUCCAGGGACUCCAGGAUCAUGACCUGAGCCGAAGGCAGUCGCCCAACCAACUGAGCCACCCAGGCGCCCGAGCCAUUAGUUUCUACUCAAUGCCUACUGAUAGGUGAUUUCCAGCCUUUCUCCAGGGACAGUGAUGGCCCUGGGGGCGUCUGAAGCCCAUGCUUGAGACAAGUGGAGAAGAGCUAGCUUGCAUGGCUUUAGGCAGCCUCAGACACCUGCCCCACAGCCAGGCCUUCUGUGGGUGUGAGAUGCGCUGGGCUUGACACCCUCUGUCUUUGAUGCCCCUCUGGUUCUUGGGAGGGUAGAGGAGUGGGGGCUGCUCUUGGGCCAUCCAGGAACAGGUGAGUGUUGAAACAGCCUAUGGUGGCCAGAAUACUUAAAAGACAAAACAAACGACCUAUUGGGUGAUCUUGAGUGGUCUAACAUGCAUAUAAUUGGAGUCCCACAAAAUUGGGAUGGAGGGAGGCAGGAAACCAUCUGAGUAGUGGCUGAGGUUUUUCCAGAUAUGAAAUAUGUAAGCCCACAGACCUGUGAAGCUCAGCAGACACAGAAGAAGCACUAAUUAGCUUUCAGAACUGUAAGAAAAUAAAUUUCUGUUGUUUAAGCCACUGUGUGUGCUCUUCUGUUAUAUAGCCCUAGAAGACUAACACACCAACCAUUAAAGAAAUUUUACUAACUGUAGAGGGCUAAGCACUCAAGUUAAAAGGCAGAGACUGUCACAUUGAAUGAAAAAGCACGAGCCAGCUAUGUUGUCCAUGAGAAAUUUUAAAUGUAAAAAUACAGACAGGAUAAAAGUACAAGUUUAGAAAAAUAUAUAACAAAAACAAUCAUAAGAAAGCAAAAGUACUGUCUCAAUAUCAAGGUAGGUUUCAGGAAAAGGAACGGUACUAGAAAUAAAGAGAUUUAAUAACAGUAAUGUGUAUGCACCUAAUAACAGCUUCAGAAUAUGGAAAAAAAUGUGCAGCUGGAGAGGGAAUUCGAUAAAUACACAAAGUGGGAGAUUUCAACAUUGUCUCUGCAACUGCAGACAAAAUCUUGAGCCAGCUAGAAGUAACGGGUACUUAUGGGACACUUCACCUCAUUCUUUUCAAGAGCUUAUGGACCAUUUACUAAGCCCACGUGCGGGGUCAGGAGAUGGUCUCGAGAAAUUCAAAGGAUUGAAGCCAGAGUAUUCAAUGGAAUUAAAUUAGAAAUCAGUAACUAAAAGAGAUAGAAAAUCCCAAAUAUUUGGAAAUUGAACAAUACACUUCUAAAUAAACAAUGGUCAAAAAUGGAAGUACAAGGGAAAUGUUUCAAGCUAAACGAAAACAAUGAGAUAAGAGUUUGUGGGAUGUAGCUAAAGCAGUGCUUACAAAAAUGGUUGCAGGCUUACAUGUUAAUGCUGUAAAUCAGAUUUCAAACCAGUGAGUGAUCUAAGUGUCCACCUUAAGAAACCUAAAAUCAAAGUAGAAGGAAGGAAAUAACCAGAUAAAAGAGUACAAGUCAAAUGCUGUAGGAGGCUUAACGGAGAAGAUCAGUAAAACCAGAAGUUGAUGCUUUGAGAAAAUUAACAAGCCUCUGGUCUGAUCAAGAAAGAAAGAAAACCUACCACAGGCAUAGAAAAGGUGCGUCGCCUCAGGUCCUGCAGACAUAAGCCGGCUGUCCAGCCUGGUCACCAGCCUGCUGCCCUGGUGUGGUCAGCCUGAGUCCGCCAUCCCGCCCCCCCCUGCAUCCGCCCACUCCCACUGCCCCGCUUGCGGAUCCUUACAUCCUGCCGCACCCACCUGCCAACGCUGCUGCUCCGUGUUCGCGCUCCGUUUCCUGCCGUGGCCGCGCAUCCGUCUGCUCAGAGGCGUGAGACCACAGAGCCGGUGUAAGGAGGGAAUGUCCCGGGCUGCUCGCCAGCAUGCCGCAGCACAGACGGACAAACGCCCCGAAAGACACAGUUGCCAUCUAGGUGGUCGUGGAAAGAAGUGGGGAAUUUAGAUAGCCCUGUAUCUGUUUUAGAAAUUGAAUUUGAAAUUUAAAGCUUUUCCAGAAGAAAGCUCUAGGCUCAGAUGGCUUCCCGGUGAAUUUUAUCAAAAAGUGAAGAAAGCAGUAACAACCUAACACAAAUACGCAGACAUUAGAGGAGGAGGGACUACUUUGCAACUCCUUUUAUAAGGUCAGCAUGACCUUGAUAGCAAAACCAGACCAGGACGUUACAGGAAAAGGACAUUCAGAUCCGUUUCCCUCACACACAGAAAAUACUUAACACACUAGUAUUAAGUUGAAUCUAGUGAUAAAAGGAUGUUGCAUCAGGAUCAGAAAACUGGCAGAGGGUGAUGGGCCUGUGGCUGGAGGGGAUACGGUGUCCAGAGGGUUUUCUAGGGGUAGUAGGAAGUGGCGUUUAAAUGCCACGGGAGGGGCCGGUGUGGGGGGAGGCCUUGCUCUCCUCUGGGAGUCCUGGGAGCUCCUGCACACCUUGCUCAGUGGGGGCUGUCCACAUGCUGUCCUUGUCUGGUGUGAGAGGCUGUGGGUCCAGACACCGGGUCUUUCUCGGGUUGUAUAAGGUACGUUUGGGACGUAGAAAUCCUCUUUUCCGCAAAACCCGACUUUCUCUUCUUGAAGUGACCUUAGGCUAACUUGGCAGUCUGGCGGAGAUAAUGGCUUUGUUUGGCCUGGAGCCCAGCCCCUGCACCGAGUGCCCUUGACGCCGCGUGGUGUCGGGGCUGAAGGGGAUGGAGGACGUGCCUUCUUGCUUGGAUGAUAGCCCGUCCCAAGAGGGUCAGGAGAUGACCCCUCUGUUGCUUCACGGCUGCCGAGAAGCUCGACCAAGAACUUUGGAUCCAGGAGACCGUGCUGAGUUCACUUACCCUCCUGAGUAGUUCGUUGGCAGAGCAGGUGCUGGGGUGGGCUCCGCGGUGGCCCCACUAACCGGGGCCCGAAAUCCACACCCUGGCAGGACUCUGAGCACAGGUCUGCGUGUGAUUGGUCCACACAGCCCUUGGGCCUGGUCAGGCGAGCCUUCAGUUAGGUCCAGUAACGGUCAGUGUUCCAGACACUCAGGGCUCACAGCCUUCUUUCCAAGGGACGUGUGGUCAGCAGGCGGCCUCCAACUGCCAGCCCCUCAGAGCCCGCCUGGAGUCCACAGGUCUGGGGGCUGUUGGGGGCACCCGAGCUCAUCUCCCUCGGCCCCACUGCCCCUCCUUCCUUAAGUGUGCAUCCCAGGUGUGCACCCUAAUACCUGUCUGCACGCCAGACACCGGGCCAGGUUCUGGGGGACCCUGCCGGUCCCACAGAGUGCGGAGCCACAUGAGAACCAUGGGAGGGCUGAUGGCUCAUGGGGAGGGACGCCACAAGUCACGCAGAGUGAAGGCAGAGUCCCCUGAGGCCUGUGCACGCCACAGGGCGUGGAUGGCCUGCCCUGCGCCUCAGCCCAGUGCUCUGGCUGUUCCUAGGAGGGGCUGGAGCAUUCCCGUCUUGGGCUGAGCUGCCCUCCCCACGAGCCCCGUCCCCACUUCUCCCAUCCGCUCCCUGUGUUCUGCUUGGCAGCCCCCUCGGCCGGAGGUGUCGCUCUGUGGGCGCUGGCCCCGGAGGCAAGGUGUGCGGGUGGAGUGGGUGGCCCGGCGCCGACCGGCUCUUUAAGGGCGGGCGACAUCACAAGGCUGCGGAAGGCCGGACAGCCGUGGAACUCCGGGGCCUUGGGCUGUUUCUGGAGCGCCUGCGGGCUCUGGAUUUCCACCUCCAUGGGGCCCCAGGCCCACACGUGAGCACCUGAAGACAUGGCCAUGGCCGAGGGCAGCGAGCUGAUGAACAGGCUCAUGAGUGAGAACGCAGACCUGAAGAAGCAGGUGCGCCUCAUGAAGGAGAACCAGAUGCUGAAGCGUCUGCUCAGUGAGAGCUGCCAGGAGCGCUGUGGUCUCGGGAGCCGAGACCUCCUCUUCACCAAGGUGCCCACUUACCCCGAGGACUGCUCGCCUGGGAGUGCAGGGCCGGACUUUGGAAGGUUCUCCAGCGCCCCCGAUGCACCCUCUCAGCUGCAGACGUCCUCCCUGGAGGACCUGCUGUGCUCGCACGCCCCCAUCUCCAGUGAGGACGACGCCUCCCCUGGCUGUGCAACCUCCACCCAGGUGCCCUUCAAGGCUUUCCUCAGUCCCCUCGAGCUGCGUGUACCCCGAGGCACUGACAGGAAGCUGUCCCCACUCCUGAGCCCCUUGCAGGACCCGCUGGCGGACAAGACCCUGCUGGAGCCCAGGGAGAUGGUCCGGCCCAAGAAAGUGUGCUUCUCGGAGAGCAGCCUGCCCUCUGGGGACAGGACCAGGAGGAGCUACUACCUUAACGAGAUCCAGAGCUUCUCCAGCACUGAGAAGGAUGGGCGCAUAGUCGGGGAGAUCGCCUUCCAGCUGGACCGGCGCAUCCUGGCCUAUGUCUUCCCGGGGGUGACCCGGCUGUACGGUUUCACUGUGUCCAACAUCCCUGAGAAGAUCAAGCAGACGUCCAUCAAGUCCCUGGACGGGUCGGUGGACGAGAAGAAGCUGCGCGAGCUGACGCACCGCCACCUGACGCUCACGGCGCGCCUGGAGAGGCUGGGCUACAACCGGGACGUGCACCCGGUGUUCAGCGAGUUCCUCAUCAACACCUACGGCAUCCUGAAGCAGCGGCCCGACCUGCGCGCCAACCCGCUGCACAGCAGCCCGGCAGCGCUGCGCAAGCUGGUCAUCGACGUGGUGCCCCCCAAGUUCCUGGGCGACUCGCUUCUGCUGCUCACCUGCUUGUGCGAGCUCUCCAAGGAGGACCACAAGCCGCUCUUCGCCUGGUGAGCCUGCCCGGCGCGCGCCGCGCCUUUCCUGCAAUAAACGUGUUUGUUCCAAUCCUGGGGGCCGCGUGCCUCCUGCGUGUCCCCCCGGCCGGGGGAAGAGCCGCGUCCGCCGACGGAGCGCCCAGGGCCGCAGGCGCCGGAGCAGGCGCCUCUCUCGGCCCGGGCGCGCACCCCAGGCGCCCAGCCCGCCCGCCGCCCACACCGCGCGGCAGUGUCGCACUUGAUUAAAAUAAUCUGUUCACCUGUG